AUGUCAGAACUCAACUUCCUCCCAUUAAUCUCCGAUAGACUCACGACGGCGACGACGUCACCGUCAUUCUCCUCACAUUCUCUUCUUUCAUUCACCAAACGUCGAAGAAACCAAAACCAACCAGUUUAUUCCGUACGCAUGGAGCAGUCACGACCAAAGAAUCGGAAAGAUAAAGUCGUCGUUAUCUUAGGAGCAACCGGCGCCGGAAAAUCAAAACUUUCCGUCGAUCUCGCUACUCGUUUCCCUUCAGAGAUCAUAAACUCCGACAAAAUACAAGUCUACGAAGGAUUAGAGAUAACCACCAAUCAGAUUACAAUCCCUGACCGUCGCGGCGUUCCUCACCAUCUAAUCGGUUAUCUCCGUCACGAAGACGGCGAACUCACCGCCGGAGAUUUCCGUUUCGCCGCCUCCAACGCCGUCUCCGACUUAAUCUCCCGUAAAAAGCUUCCGAUUAUCGCCGGUGGAUCUAACUCGUUCGUACACGCACUCCUCGCCGAACACUUCGACAUAAAAAUCGAUCCUUUUUCUUCGUCGGAAUCAAUCUGCCGGAGUUUGCGUUACGACAGCUGUUUCAUCUGGGUAGAUGUGUCGGAGACUGUACUGUUCGAGUAUUUAGUGAAACGGGUCGAUGAGAUGAUGGAUUCGGGUAUGUUCGAGGAGCUUUCCAGGUUUUACGACCCGGUUAGAUCGAGUAUGACCCGGUUUGGGAUCCGGAAAGCGAUAGGUGUACCGGAGUUUGAAGAUUACUUUAGAGAGUAUCCACCGGAAAAGAAAGAGUGGGAUUUCGGGAGGAAAACGGCGUACGAUAAGACGGUGGAGGUUAUCAAAGAGAACACGUUGAGGUUAGCGAAGAGACAAGUAAAGAAGAUUGAGAAACUGAGAAACGCUGGUUGGGAGAUACAGAGAGUUGAUGCAACGACGUCGUUUAAAGAAGUGUUGAUGGGUUCGGGAGAAAGAAGAAGAAGAGAGAUUUGGGACAAGGAAGUGUUGGAGCCAAGCGUAAAGAUUGUGAAUCGAUUCUUGGUGAAAGAUUAG